AUUUCUAUCAUGAUAAAAAAGUGCGAGUCUCAUCAGAAGUAUGAAGAAAAAUUUAUCUGCAUUCACAAAACUAGGCUGUUGAAAGAAGGUAACAAGUUUUCUUGCCACAAAUGCAUAAAUUGGAAAAAAUCAAAUAAUUACAUAAAAAGUAUGGAAGAACUUGAAGAAGAGGGUAAAGAAAAUGUAGCCAAAUAUGUAGAAAUGCAAAACAAAAUAAUCAAUUUUAAUAAUGAAAUGAAGUAAAAAUUUAUUUAAUAAUUAACUGAUCUAUGCCAAAAACUCAAUCAAUAUUUUUAAAAAUAAUAAAAGUUCAUCACAUCUAUUAUUGAACAACAAAACUAAAAAUUGUCACAAAAUGUUAACAAAGCAAAUUAGCUGUUAAACGAAUAAUCUGUUUUGGAUUCUUAAUCAAUUGAUAAUUUUAUUAUUUUUACAACUUUAAAUGAAGAAAAUUAAUAAAUUAUAGAAAAUAAAUAUACUUAGAUUAAUAAUUGUUUAGAAAGAUAAUUCAAAUAUGAAUUUGCAGAAAUUUAAUCGAGAGUACACUAAUUUAUAACUAUGGAAUUUAAAUUUGAUAGUGUUCCAACAUAUGAAGUAGAAUAAUUCAAAAUAUAAACUGUGGAUAAAAAAAAAGAUUAAUUGCCUUAUUGCAAAGAACACUAGAUGGAUAAAAAUUGUAUUUGUACACAUGAGGAUUGUCUAAAAGAGCAAAAAAAUGAAUAUAUUUGUUUAGGUUGUGCUAUGAAUAAUCAUGAACAACAUUAUAAGAGGAACUUUGUAAAAACAUUAAAAAAAAUUAAGAGUGAAUAAUCUGAGAAAUUUAAAUUAAUAGAAGAAUAAAAUAGCAUGCUUAAAUAAGAAGUGGAAAACAGAAUUGAUUAAGAAUUAGCAGCACAUUAAUAAAAGCAACAGGAAAUAUUUAUUUGUUCUUAAACAAUGAGAGAAAAUCUAAAAUUAUUGGAAGCCUAAACUAAAAUUGAUCCUUUUAAUCAAAAUCUAAUAUAUAUUUAUCAUAGUAUUGAUUAGAAUUUAUUAUCAUAUGAUUCUGACAUGAUCAAAUUAGAGUUUUAAUCUAGAUUAAAUUAAUUAGAAUAAUUAAAAUCGAAUAUUGCAACAAUUAAAAAAGAUAAGUUUGAUUAAUAAUAUUAAAAUGCUUAAGAGCAAACACAAAAUUUUAAACAAGAAACAUUUAAAUUAAAAAAAUUACUCUCAUAAUAUGAAACGAAAAUUUUAGAGUUAGAAAAAUAAUUAAAAGAAACAUCAAAUGAGUCAAUAAUUGCAGAACUCCAAAAAUCCUAAAAAUGUGCCAUAGAAGAAUCCUUUUAAUAAUAUUAAAAUUAAAAAAUUGAGUUAAAAAAUUAUAUCAAAUCAUAAGUUUAAUCUAUUCAAUAGAAUAUUGUUGAAAGUAAACAAAUUACUUCUCUGUAAUCAGACUUAAAAAUGAAUAUAGCAACAAUUAACUAGAUUAAAUAAUAUAUGGAAACUAUUCCAAAAACAGUUAUAGAAAGUAAACAAUUUUAGACGAUGUCAUAAGACCUAAAAAAUACUUAAACAGCAAUUAAUUCAGCAAAUUAUUAAAUUGGAACUGUUGCAAAAGUAGUUAUUGAAAGUAAAGAAUUCACUACUUUGUAAUAAGAUCUGAAAAGUACCUUAUUGGCAAUUAAUUCAGCAAAUUCUUAAAUUGGAACUGUUCCAAAAAUUGUGAUUGAAAGUAAAGAAUUCACUACUUUGUAAUAAGAUCUCAAAAAUACCUUAUUGGCAAUUAAUUCAGCAAAUUCUUAAAUUGGAACUGUUCCAAAAGUUGUUAUUGAAAGUAAAGAAUUCAAAACUUUGUAAUAAGAUCUCAAAAAUACCUUAUCGGCAAUUAAUUCAGCAAAUUCUUAAAUUGGAACUGUUCCAAAAUUUGUUAUUGAAAGCAAAGAAUUCACUACUUUGUAAUAAGAUCUGAAAAGUACCUUAUUGGCAAUUAAUUCAGCAAAUUCUUAAAUUGGAACUGUUCCAAAAUUUGUUAUUGAAAGUAAAGAAUUCACUACUUUGUAAGAGGAUCUCAAAAAUACUUUAUCGGCAAUUAAUUCAGCAAAUUAAUAAAUUGGAACUGUUCCAAAAGUUGUUAUUGAAAGUAAAGAAUUCAAAACUUUGUAAUAAGAUCUCAAAAAUACCUUAUCGGCAAUUAAUUCAGCAAAUUCUUAAAUUGGAACUGUUCCAAAAUUUGUUAUUGAAAGCAAAGAAUUCACUACUUUGUAAUAAGAUCUCAAAAAUACCUUAUUGGCAAUUAAUUCAGCAAAUUCUUAAAUUGGAGCUGUUCCAAAAUUUGUUAUUGAAAGCAAAGAAUUCAAGACUUUGUAAUAAGAUCUCAAAAAUACCUUAUUGGCAAUUAAUUCAGCAAAUUCUUAAAUUGGAGCUGUUCCAAAAUUUGUUAUUGAAAGCAAAGAAUUCAAGACUUUGUAAUAAGAUCUCAAAAAUACCUUAUUGGCAAUUAAUUCAGCAAAUUCUUAAAUUGGAGCUGUUCCAAAAUUUGUUAUUGAAAGCAAAGAAUUCAAGACUUUGUAAUAAGAUCUCAAAAAUACCUUAUUGGCAAUUAAUUCAGCAAAUUCUUAAAUUGGAGCUGUUCCAAAAUUUGUUAUUGAAAGCAAAGAAUUCAAGACUUUGUAAUAAGAUCUCAAAAAUACCUUAUUGGCAAUUAAUUCAGCAAAUUCUUAAAUUGGAGCUGUUCCAAAAUUUGUUAUUGAAAGCAAAGAAUUCAAGACUUUGUAAUAAGAUCUCAAAAAUACCUUAUUGGCAAUUAAUUCAGCAAAUUCUUAAAUUGGAGCUGUUCCAAAAUUUGUUAUUGAAAGCAAAGAAUUCAAGACUUUGUAAUAAGAUCUCAAAAAUACCUUAUUGGCAAUUAAUUCAGCAAAUUCUUAAAUUGGAGCUGUUCCAAAAUUUGUUAUUGAAAGCAAAGAAUUCAAGACUUUGUAAUAAGAUCUCAAAAAUACCUUAUUGGCAAUUAAUUCAGCAAAUUCUUAAAUUGGAGCUGUUCCAAAAUUUGUUAUUGAAAGCAAAGAAUUCAAGACUUUGUAAUAAGAUCUCAAAAAUACCUUAUUGGCAAUUAAUUCAGCAAAUUAAUAAAUUGGAACUGUUCCAAAAUUUGUUAUUGAAAGCAAAGAAUUCACUACUUUGUAAUAAGAUCUCAAAAAUACCUUAUUGGCAAUUAAUUCAACAAAUUCUUAAAUUGGAACUGUUCCAUAAGUUGUUAUUGAAAGCAAAGAAUUCAAAACUUUGUAAUAAGAUCUCAAAAAUGCCUAAUAGCCAAUUGCUUAAGUAAAUUCUUAAAUUGAAAAGGUGAACAAUUUUAAUAAUGAAUAUAAAAAUUAUUAGGUUACAAAUGAUCCAUAUUAAAAAUAUCAGCCUCAAAGUUAUAAAAAUGAUAAGGCUAACUUCAAUAGCGUUAACCAAAAUCCUUCUAGCAACUUGCUUAACAAAAGGAUAUGAAAGCAUCAUUUUCGAUAUUUUUAUUAAAAGAUAAAUAUUUUUGUUGCAAACACC